AUGGCAUACUUAAAGAGACAUUCUAUCUUCCGAUACCUGCGAAGCUACUUUCAUACAUCAUAUCGCAAAAGACAGUCUUCUGAGAAAUCUACGCCUACAACCCAACAAACUAUGCCGUCCUUCGAACUAUCUCAGUACGUCGAGGCUGGCAAGAAACAAGCCGAACGCCUCGUCAAACGUCUUGAAGUCCUCCAGAAAGCAGUUGAAACCGCCAAAACAGACACUGCACUGCUUCAAGAUGUGAGAGUAUGUUUGCUCGAAGCUCAAACUCUCACAGGCGAGUCAUUCUUGUUCAUUGAGAAGGAGACAAAGAACACUCGCAAGACAGUCGACUACCUCACAGAACAAACUAUCAAAGAUGUCGUCAACGAUGUUGCUUCGCAGGUCCGCCUACACGCACCUGAAGUCCAACUCGCAGCAUUAAUCCUCCACCUAUUCUUUGAAGGACAAAAAGCAGCAACCAACCGUAAGAUGCUGGAGGCUAAGCUGCUGGAAGCUGUCAAGACUGGUAAUCUUGGUGACUAUGCCUGGUCUUCUGAGUUCGAGGAAGUCCUGGAGAAGUUCAAGAAGAAGGUCGAGAAACUUACCAUCAGAUUCAUGGUUGAAGAUGCGAGAAAAUUGCUUGAGAGUCAGGUUAAGAUCUGUUUCGGUAAAUGGGAGGAGGGUUGA